AUUUUCUUUCCCUCUUUUUUACUGUUGUUGUCUCUCCAAACCCUCACUUCAUUCUCAUCCCAAUUCUCAUCACCUUCCACAAUUGCAUUCUCUUUUCACCCCUUCGACUCCUUCCCCAUCAAACCCCUAAAACCUCCAAAAUCAAUUAUUGGAUUGAUUGCACAAUUCAAGAAUCCUUUUUUAGCUGGACAGAAAGAGAUCGCAUCAUGCAGCGGAAGACGCCUCCUUCGACUUCUAGAAAGCAGCUGCCUUUCACUUCCAUGAAGCCGCCUUUUGGUGGUGGAGGAGGAGGCGACUACCACCACUUUGCUAGCGGUGAUGCUCAGCGCUCUGAUCAAGAUUUUUCUGAAGCCGUUAUCGUCAACAAGCGCCCUCCAUUAAAGCGGAAAACUGGAGUAGCAGAACCUGAAGCGGAACCUGCUGACAAUAAUGCAGGUCCUGGCAAUGUUAAUGCCCAGAAAGGUCCCUUUCAAACACCACCACCUGCAAAAUCAGGAAAACAAAAGGUUUCAAGGACAAAGGCCAAUAGGGCCGGAUCUCAGACCCCCAUGCCAAAUGUUGGGUCUCCUAGUGGCAAUAAUCUCACCCCUGUUGGUCCUUGUCGUUAUGAUAGCUCACUAGGUCUCUUGACAAAAAAGUUCAUCAAUCUAAUCAAACAUGCAGAAGAUGGUGUUCUAGAUUUGAAUAAAGCUGCAGAUACUUUAGAGGUACAGAAGAGGCGUAUAUAUGAUAUUACUAAUGUUCUUGAAGGCAUUGGUCUUAUAGAGAAGAAUCUCAAGAACAGAAUCCAGUGGAAGGGUUUAGAUGUAGCGAGACCAGGGGAAGCUGAUGAGAGUGCACCUGCUCUACAGGAAGAGCUUGAAGAUCUAAACAUCGAGGAGUCCCGAUUAGAUGACCGCAUAAGAGAAAUGCAGGAAAAGUUGAGGGGCAUGAUUGGAGACAAAGGCAAUGAAAGGUGGCUUUUUGUCACAGAAGAAGAUAUAAAAUGCUUACCCUGCUUCAAGAAUGAAACUCUUAUAGCAAUCAAAGCUCCUCAUGGCACUACUUUAGAAGUUCCAGACCCUGAUGAGGCAGUUGAUUAUCCACAGAGAAGGUACAGAAUAGUUCUUCGGAGCACAAUGGGGCCUAUCGACGUUUACCUUGUCAGUCAAUAUGAGGAAAAAUUUGAGGAGGUUGAUGCUGUCGAUGAACAUCCAAGCAUUCCUGCUGUGCUGGGAGUAGAGGCUAAUGAUUAUGCUUCUGUACCAUCUCCAAGGACAAAUCCUGGAGGUAGUGAAACUGCUAUGCAGGGAGAAGAGCUUCAAAGGAUGUGUCCCGAUGCGAGUACAUCACAUGAUUUCGUGAGUGGAAUCCUCAAGAUAGUGCCAGAAGUUGAUAGCGGUGCUGAUUAUUGGCUGUCGUCGGAUGCGGAUAUAAGCUACACUGACAUGUGGAGCGUAGAAUCUAUCAUCGACGACUGGGAGAGCUUGGAUGUGCCUGAUUAUGCCACAGCAGGCAUCACUACGCCACGAGCCCAAACUCCAGCACGAAACAUGACUGCAGCGUCUCCAGUUCAAGCUACCACGCCUUCUGCUUUGCCAACGGACCAAAUUCCACCUGCGACCACAAAGCCUCCUUCAACCAUUCCGACUGGGAUUUGAAGAUGAAUUUGGACGAAUAUGCAUUGUUGUACAUUAGAUGGUGAAAGGUUGGUCAUCUCUACCGAUAUAUUGGAUGUAUAUUGUAGAUAUGUUGGAGUAGUAGAGAGGUAUAUGGUGGUCUUGGCUGUACAGUUUCAAAGUAGAUGGUACAAAUGCAAUAGCAAUAAAUCAAUACUGCGGUAAGAAUUCAUAUCAUGUACAUCAUCACCCAAGAUAAUUUCCUAGGAAUUUAUUCCUUUGUUUUUGUAAUGUAACAUAGCAUUCAGAGGAUGAUUUUCUUGGUCUGUAAUAAUCAGAUUGUGCCAUUUCUUGGUAUGGUAUUGUAAGAUUGUUGGCUUCAAUAGUGAAACAUUCUCCUAUGGCUUAUGGGGCAACA